AUGGAGCAUCACGGCGAAGAUGUUCAAACUGAUGAAGAGUUAACACCAACUCCUGAAAACAGGAUUAUUUUAACAUGGUUACGAUUAAUUCAUACAGAGCUACCCGCCUUGGUUAAACAACGAUAUGGCACAGAACUCAGAUCCAAAACCCUGGCCAGCCUCAAACCCGAGAUUUCCCAGGCUCUUGACUCCCUUCUUGAGGAAAUCCACGCCACAAAUGAAGCAAAGGUUCUUCGCACUGCCUUCCAACGCUCUUCUCAACAACGUGCCAACCCCAAACCAGCCAAAACAAGAACGCAACUAAAAGCUGCCCACUGUGCAAGCAAACAAAACGAUCACAGUUCCAGCAUUACUUAA